AUGACCACCCUUAUUGCAAGGGCGAACAAGACUUCGACCGGGACGGAUGAACCUGUUUGGAGCCCGCUAACGUGGGGCUUGACUGACCUGUGGAUGGAACUGCAACACUCAGAGUUGGACCAGGUGCCAACACAUUGUCCUCCACCACCAAUGACGAGACCCUAGGCAACUGUACAGAGAGCAAUGCAACAGUAUCUUUACCAACUGUAUCAACCACCGAUGAUAAUAAAUCUCCAAUAACUGCUGCGACAAAAUCAACAUCCCUCCCUGCAACCGAGGUGGAAGCACCAACAUCGGCAAUUGUUGAUAAGGAGGUAACAGGAGCCGCUGGAGCCACUGCAACAGAAAUCGCUGGAACAGGAGCAGAGGCAUCGGGAACAGAUCAACUGGCACACCCGACCACUGAACAGCUGGAGCCUUUGAAGGACACUUGGAAAGAAAAUCCCCAUCGCAGCCCUCGCUGUAAUGGUACUGGAUCACUUAUCCACCUGUUGUUGCUGAUUGUUGCGGUGGCUCUGUAG